AUGGCCAAGCCUUGGAAAGAGCCAAUUGCCCUCAUCGGACUAGGCUCCAUCGGCGUAUCAUUUGCGGCUCUGUACCUUCGACAUACAGAGUCUGUCAUCCGCUUGUACGAUCCCCGUCCGGAUCUGGUUCGACAUCUCGAGACGGUACUUCCAAAGUAUCUCAAUACAGAUGCGGCCGAUCUACAGGUCAGACAUUUGCUCGACAGCGGUCGACUUGUGGUUUGUCGGUCCCUGGAGGAUGUUUGCCGAAAUGUUAGCAUCAUCCAAGAGCAAGGCCCCGAAAUCCUUGACCUGAAGUGUACCACGUGGCAAACCAUUCUGCGGGUCGCCGCACCACACACUCACCUGUGGAGCUCAACUUCUGGCAUCACGGCAUCGCAACAGAACGAGAAGCUGUCUGAUCAAACCAGACUCCUGGUGGUACACCCAUUUAACCCUCCUCAUGUCAUGCCACUCAUCGAAAUCAUACCAUCACCGGUGACGCAGAGUGGAGAGACUCAGUUUGCACUGGAAUUCUUUAACACCUUGGGAUCUGGCCACCAACCCGUUGUGUUACGCAAAGAAGUGCCCGGGUUUGUCGGGAACCGCCUUGCGUUCGUCCUGCUGAGAGAAGCGAUGCACUUGGUCAAGGAAGGUGUGGUGAGCGUUAAAGAUCUUGACAAGAUCGUGGAGAACAGCAUCGGGCCUAGAUGGGCCGUCACUGGUCCUUUUAAGGCCUACAACUAUGGCGGUGGCUUUAACGGCAUUGGUGGAUUUCUGAAUAACCUAUCCCAUACAAUUCAAGCUGUGUGGGACGACUCUGGUGUUCUAUCUUUGCAAGAUACUGCCGUCUGGCCCUCGAUUGCGGCUGCGAAGGAUGGUAAAUCUGCAGAAAAGUCCGACUGGGCCAAAAGCCUUGUGCAACAAGUUGACCAAACUUACGGUCGUCCCACGCCCGAUCAACUGAGGGAACGGGACGACAAACUGGAAAGGGUAUUGCAUGCCAAAUGA